AUGGAGCGGUCGCCGGCGCCGGCUCCGGUGGAGGUGCCCAAGUUCUUCGUGUGCCCGAUCUCGCUGGAGGUCAUGCGGGACCCCGUCACGCUGUCGUCGGGGAUCACCUACGACCGCGACAGCAUCGAGCGCUGGGUGUUCACCGACGGGCACGGCGACUGCCCCGUCACCAAGCUGCCGCUGGGCGCCUACGACCUGGAGCCCACGCCCAACCACACGCUCCGGCGGCUCAUCCAGUCCUGGUGCGCUGCGCACGCCGUCGAGCGGUUCCCGACCCCGCGCCCGCCGGUCGACGCCGACCGCGUCGCCGCGAUCGUGGACGGCGCCAAGAAGAAGGGUGGUGGUGGCCAGCAGCAGGAACUGAUGGCUGCGCUCAGGGAGCUCGCGGACAUCAUCGGCGAGAGCGACCGCAACCGGCGCUGCGUCGAGGGCGUGCCGGAAGCCGUGGAGUUCCUCGUGUCCAUCGUCAAGAAACACGCCGCAAGCACGUCGUCGUCCAAGCCUCUCGUCGGAUGCGGAUCCCAAUCCCAAGAGGUAUCGACGUGCAGCGGCGUGCCGGACUCGCCCAAGGCGUGCUCGCCAGAGGAGGCGGCUCUGAGCAUCUUGCAUUCUCUCAAGCUCUCCGAGGCGAGCCUGAAGAGAGCCCUGGAGAGCAGCGACGACUUCGUGGACGCCUUGGCGUCCGUGCUGCGCUGCUGGCCGAGCUACCGGGCGGGCACGUACGCGAUGCACCUGCUGAAGGCGUCGCUGUCGGCUAUGCAGCCCUCGCGGCUGAGCUCGGCGAGCGCCGAGCUGGUCGAGGGCGUGGUGAGGGUGGUGGCGGACAGGACGCUGUCGCCCAAGGCCAUCAAGGUGGCGCUCCACGUGGUCUGCCAGCUCUGCCCGUGGGGCCGGAACCGCAUCAAGGCGGUCGAGGCCGGCGCCGUGGCGGCGCUCGUGGAGCUGCUCCUCAGCGACGGGUGCGGUGGAAGCAGCAACGGCGGCAAGCGGGCGGGGGAAUUCGCGGCGGUUGCCAUCGACCAUCUGUGCGGCUGCGCGGAAGGGCGGUUGGAGCUCGUGGCCCACCCGGCAGGGCUAGCAGUUGUUGCGCGAGCCGCGACGCGGCUGUCCCCCACGGCCACCGAGAGCGCGGUGCGCGCGCUGCACGCGGUGGCCAGGCACUCCGCGACUCCCGCGGUGCUGCAGGAGAUGCUUGCCGUCGGAGUUGUCGCGAGGCUGCUGUACCUGGUGCAGGCCGGCGCCGCCGGCGAGCGGCCAAGGGAGAGGGCGAGGGAGAUGCUCAAGAUGCACGCCAGGGUUUGGAGGGGCUCGCCGUGCUUGGCGUCGCACCUGGCAUCCUACCCUUGUUGA